UCCAUGCAGUUCAGCACCAGACCGCCUAGCGCUGAGCAGCCGGGCUUCAUGGGGACAUGGCAGCAGCAGAGCACUGACGGAAACCUCCUCUACAGAAUGUCCCAGCAGGCCAUUCGCUGUACGCUGGUCAACUGCACAUGUGAGUGCUUCCAGCCGGGCAAGAUUCACCUGCGCACGUGUGACCAGUGCAAACAUGGCUGGGUAGCUCACGCCCUGGACAAGCUGAGCACGCAGCACCUGUACCACCCGACGCAGGUGGAGAUCGUACAGUCCAACGUGGUGUUCGACAUCAGCAGCCUGAUGCUGUACGGCACGCAGGCGGUGCCGGUGCGGCUCAAGAUCCUUCUGGACCGCCUCUUCUCCGUGCUCAAGCAGGAGGAGGUGCUGCACAUCCUGCACGGCCUGGGAUGGACCCUGCGGGACUACGUGCGUGGAUACAUAUUGCAGGACGCUGCCGGCAAGGUGCUGGACCGCUGGACCAUCAUGUCCCGAGAAGAAGAGAUCAUCACCCUGCAGCAGUUCUUGCGCUUCGGGGAGACCAAAUCCAUCGUGGAAUUGAUGGCUAUUCAGGAGAAGGAAGGUCAGGCAGUCACCGUUCCUUCCGCCAAGACCGAUUCCGGGAUAAGGACGUUCAUUGAGAGCAACAACAGGACGCGCAGCCCGGGACUACUUACGCAUUUAGAAAAUAGCAGCCCAUCUAGUAUCCAUCAUUUUGAGAAUAUUCCCAACAGUUUAGCUUUCCUUCUCCCAUUCCAGUACAUCAACCCUGUGUCUGCCCCCAUGUUAGGCUUGCCACCCAACGGACUGCCGAUGGAACAAUCCGCUCUCCGACUUCGGGAGCCCAGCUUGCCCAAUCAAGUGGAACAGGUGGAGACGAGCGAGUCCGACGUCUCCCUUUCGCCUUUCCGUACCGGCCAGAGUCCGAGCCGCGGGGUGCUCGGCGCCAUGAACAACAACACUGAACCCAAAACCGAGCCUAGCAACAGGGCGUCCCCGAUCUCGCCGUCUCCGUCCCUCCAUCAACAAUCCAAGUCCAUAACUCACACUUCGUUUUCCUCCAAAAUGCAUCGCAUGCGCCGCAUGGGCUCCACUUCCCGCAAAGGCCGCGUGUGCUGCAACUCUUGCGGCAAGACCUUCUACGACAAAGGCACGCUUAAGAUACACUACAACGCGGUGCACUUGAAGAUUAAGCACCGCUGCACUAUCGAGGGCUGCAACAUGGUCUUCAGUUCCCUACGCAGCCGCAACCGUCACAGCGCCAACCCAAAUCCGCGGCUGCACAUGCCCAUGCUGCGCAAUAACCGUGAUAAGGACCUCAUCCGGGCCAACUCCAACUCUGGUACGCCCGUCAUCUCAAGUACCAAAAAUGGUGGCUUCACACUUACCAGUCCCGGCAGGCCGCCGCUGGGCUUUACCACUCCACCGAUAGACCCCAUGCUUCAGUCCCCGCUGCAAAGCCCGCUGGUGUUCCCCUCUCUCAAAUCAGUGCAGCCAGUGCAACCUGUGCCUCCGUUCUAUCGUACGCUACUGUCCCCGGCAGACUUAGUGAGUCCACCUGUCUCGCUACCCACGAGCCCCAUUUUGCCCACCACCACCAACAGCACCUCACUGAUGGACCAGCAACAACAGAUGCUGGCCGCGGCCGUGGCCACGACGGGCCCCGCCGACCCCGCUCCCAAGAAAAAGCCUCGUAAAUCCAGCAUGCCCGUGAAGAUCGAGAAGGAAGUGAUCGACGUUGCGGACGACUAUGAAGACAAAGACGAGGACGACGACGAUCACAUCAACCACAAUCACCACCAUCACCACUCUGGACAGCAGUCCCCUUCCCAAGAUGAGAUGAGUCCCGGCAUUAAUCUGCGCGGCAUGAUGAGACAAAGUGAAGAUGAAUGCCGGGAGGGAGGGGGUAGCGACAGCAGAAGCGAGCUCCGAGGCUCCAACGAGCUACGCUGCAUGGACAGCUACACCUCCGAGGACCAAGACCACGAAAGAGACUUUGAGAACGAGUCGGAAACCUCGGACUCCAAGAUGUAUUACAGAGACGAGAUGAUGGAUGUGGAGGAACAGCAGAAACACUCCAAAAAUGGCAAAGAUCACAACGAUGACGGCCGAGAAGAAGGCCAUCUGAGGAAAGAAAUGGAAGGCAAGGGUCAACUAUCGCCAUCCCCUCACCAGGCAUCUAUCAAGAUCAAGGAAGAACUCAACGACCCCACUUACGACAUGUUCUGCAUGAGCCAGUACGGCCUCUACAAUGGAGGCAUGGCGGCUGCCGCCGCCGCCGCAGCCAGCAUGGCCGCCCUACACGAGAGCUUCAUCUCCUCCAUGGGUUACGGCGCCAGCCCGCCCAAGUUUCCCACUUCCCACUCACCCGACGGGGACCCGUGCUCGAGUCCGGAUCCCAAGAUCUGCUACGUGUGCAAGAAGAGCUUCAAAAGCUCCUACAGCAUGAAACUGCACUACAAGAACGUACACCUCAAAGAGAUGCACGUGUGUACGGUGGCUGGCUGCAACGCCGCGUUCCCUUCCCGGCGGAGUCGAGACAGGCACAGCUCCAACAUUAACCUGCACCGCAAACUGCUGACCAAAGAGCUGGACGACAUCGUCCUGGACCCCCAACUGACGCCUCUGCCCAAGGAUUUCCGAGCUGAGCUCCUGGCCAAGAUCUACGCCGGGCACCACCACCACAUGUCUCUGGACCCGAUGGGCAGGAUGGCUUUCCGAGGCCCGCCCGGCGCCCGUUCCCCCCCGGGCAACGAGUACCCCGAACACCCCCUCCACCAAGACCUGCACCACCACCGCGGCUUCUCCCGAGGACGGCCGGACGACUACGUUGUGCUAGACUUGAGCGCCGCGUCCGGCCUCCAGUCGGGCGGCAGCGUCCACUCCUCGCACGAGUCCGACGAGGGCAGCGACGAAGGCGUCCUAUUGGACGACCUGGGGGAGGAGGAGGACGAGGAGGGCGCGGAGGAGGACGACGAAAAGACAGAAGGCGACGCUCGCUCGGAAUCGCCGUUCCGCCUCCCGUCCGAUAACGACGCCGGCGGGGGGAUCGUGUGCAACAUCUGCCGCAAAGUGUACAGCAACAAGGGCACGUUGCGCGUGCACUACAAGACGGUGCACCUGCGCGAGAUGCACAAGUGCAAGGUGCCCGGCUGCAACAUGGUGUUCAGCUCGGUGCGCAGCCGGAACAGACACUCGCAGAACCCCAACCUGCACAAAAACAUGCCCUUCGCCACUCUCAUAGACUGA